GUCCUGAAACGCUCAGAAAUGUUGGAAUAUUACGAGGAAGUCUCUGGAUGUUAUAUUAUCAGACCAUUGGCUUAUAAUAUUUGGCAAGAAAUUCAAAAUUUUUUUGAUUCCGCCAUCAAAAAGUUGGGGGUAGAAGAUACAUAUUUUCCAAUGUUUGUUUCGCAACGACAAUUGGAAAGAGAAAAGGAUCAUAUCGAAGGUUUUGCCCCGGAAGUAGCUUGGGUUACUAAAGCAGGAUCUUCCGACAUGGAAAAUCCCAUCGCUAUCCGUCCUACUUCUGAAACCGUAAUGUAUCCUUACUUUUCCAAAUGGAUCAGAACAUAUCGUGAUUUGCCUUUAAAACUCAAUCAAUGGUGUAAUGUUGUUCGUUGGGAAUUCAAAAAACCUCAACCUUUUAUUAGAACUCGUGAAUUUUUGUGGCAGGAGGGUCACACUGCUCAUUUUACUAAAGAAGAAGCUGAUGCUGAAGUCCGUCAAAUACUUGAGCUUUAUCGGCAGGUAUAUGAGGAUUUAUUAGCUGUUCCUGUUAUCAAGGGUCUCAAAUCUGAAAAGGAAAAAUUUGCCGGCGGACUUUACACUACUACUAUUGAGGGUUUUAUUCCAACUAUGGGGCGUGGAAUUCAAGCUGCAACUUCUCACUGUUUGGGUCAAAAUUUUGCUAAAAUGUUUGAUAUUGUAGUUGAAGAUCCUAAUGCUCCUGCGAACUCUGAAAACAAGGCAAAGAAACUUCAUGUAUGGCAAAAUUCUUGGGGUUUAACAACUCGAAGUAUUGGUGUAAUGGUUAUGAUUCAUGGUGAUGAUAAAGGUUUGGUGUUACCUCCACGGAUCGCCUCUAUUCAAGUCAUUGUUAUUCCUUGCGGUUUAACUGUAAAGACAUCUGAAGAGGAUAAGAAACGCGUAGAAGAAAAAAUCAACGACGUAGUGAAGGAAUUGAAUUCGGUUGGGAUAAAGGCGAAAGCCGAUCUCAGGGAUACCUAUACUCCAGGAUACAAGUUUAAUCAUUGGGAAUUGAGG